UCAUAACCUAAAGUCAAAACUCAAUUUGUACUAUUUAAUUUGGAUUGGGCUUUGUAUCUAUGUAUAUAAUGCUUUAGAAUGAGUGAAUCUCCAUUCAGAUUCUUCUCAUCAUAUCAUUCCUAUUUCCAACUCAUUGGGUGCUCUCUCAAGUCUUCUCCCUCUUACAAGUUGACUUUUCUUAACAAAAGUGCUUUUGUUGUUGGAGAAUGGCAGCUCACAAGCUUUUGGUAGCAUCACUUCUUCUCUGCUGUUUAUCUGAAAUUUGUUAUGGAAAGGUUCUCUUUUCUUCCUUGAAAAGAACCCUUGUUGUCACUGCUUCCCCCAAGGAAGGACAAGUUUUGUCAUCUGGAGUGGACAAAAUCAGUGGAACAUGGUCUCUAAACAAGACCUUCCCAGCAGGAACAGACUCUUCAUACAAAACAAUAAAACUGAAGUUAUGUUACGCGCACAUAAGCCAACAAGACCGCGCAUGGAGAAAGACCGUUGACGAUCUCUCAAGGGACAAGACAUGCCAACACAAAAUGGUUGCAAUGCCCUACAAUGCUUCCAACAAAACGGUCCAAACCUACGACUGGUUGAUCGAGCGUGCUGUGCCUCAAGCAACGUACUUUGUACGUGCCUACGCAUUUGACUCCAACGACGUGGAAGUUGCUUACGGGCAAACCACGAAUGCUGAUAAGAGUACUAAUUUAUUUGAAAUCAACGCGAUCAGUGGACGCCAUGCGACUCUUGAUAUUUGCUCUGUUUGUUUCAGUGCUUUCUCGGUUUUGUCGUUGGGCGUGUUCUUCUAUAUCGAGAAGAGGAAGGGAAAAUCACAGAAGAAGUGAUUGAUUUUGAGUGACAUAAGAAGGAAACUUCAUGGUAGAAUGUUUUUAUAAUGCUUUAUAGUUCUAAGUUUAUGAAUAAAUCAUGAGAUACAUGUUUUUACCUUU